AUGCACUUCUCAGAUUCCACACGCCCAACAGAAAAACACAAAGUACUGAUUUAUUCCAAAAGAACUAAAAAACGAUACCGAAUUAAAUUGCAGGAAAUCGGUGCAAUAGCUGCUCUGAAGGAAGUAGCGUCAAGUCCAGAUGAAGUAGCAGCGAAAUUCGCCAGCGAAGCGCUUACGGUAAUUGGUGAGGAGGUACCAUACAAGCUUACGCAGCAAGUUCCGUGUUGGACAAUUGCUGAUGUGCAGUACUGGGUCAAAAAGAUUGGCUUCGAGCCGUACGCGGAAGCAUUUGCAAAGCAUAUGGUUGACGGUGACUUACUGCUUCUGCUCACCGAGAAAGAGCUCGAGCAAGACUUGCAAAUGACUUCAGCCCUCUUGCGAAAACGCUUCAUCCGCGAGCUUGAAAGUCUAAAAAUAGCCGCUGAUUAUGCAAGUGUAGACGAGAGUCAGCUGGACCAAUUUCUGAUGUCGUUGAGCCCCGAAUUGUCAGUUUACACGUACCAAAUGCUUGGAAUGGGCCUUAAUCGUAGCCUUUUGCCUUCGCUCACCGAUGAAAUGAUGAAGACCGUGUGCGGCAUCCAUAAUCCAAUUCAUAGGCUCAAAUUGCGACAGGCACUGCAAGACAGCAAACAUAUUGAUGAUAUUGAAGUAGCGAUACUGAGCAAGCAGAUUGAUGUAUUUAUCAGUUAUCGUCGAAGUACGGGUAAUCAGCUGGCCAGCCUUAUUAAAGUGUUGCUCCAGCUUAGAGGUUAUAAGGUGUUUAUAGAUGUUGAUAAAUUGUAUGCUGGGAAAUUUGACUCAUCACUGUUGAAAAAUAUCCAGGCAGCGAAGCACUUCAUUCUCGUUUUGACACCAAAUUCACUCGACAGGUUGCUCAACGACCACAACUGUGAGGAUUGGAUACAUAAAGAGUUACGAUGUGCCUUUGAUCAUCACAAAAAUGUGAUACCAAUAUUCGACCAGCAUUUCGAUUUUCCGGCUGACACCGACUUGCCAGCGGAUAUACGGCAUAUUACACGGUAUAAUGGUGUGCGAUGGGUGCAUGAUUAUCAGGAAGCGUGCAUGGAUAAAGUGGAACGGUUCAUAAAGGGCGAGCUGAAUCGAACACCAAGCAUCGGUCAGCAACAACAGGUGUCGGUGACAUCCAGUACAAGUAGUGGUACACCACAACAGCGUAAAACGUCAACACGUUGGUCAACUGUGAAAACAACGCAGAAAUGUUCGGUAUCCAGGCAAACACAAAACGAAGCGCCAAACAACCACCACUGCAUG